AUGUCACCUACAGGGCUCAUAGCCUACAGUGAAGCCACUCGCUACACUGCUGUCAAACGUCUCGAAGCAGAAGCAUGGUGUCGAGCUCAUGGGCAGCGCUUAGGUCGGCAUGUACUAUAUCCAAGGACCAAAGGCUUCAUCGCAUGCGUGCAGACACUAAGGCAAACCAAGCACAUCACGGCGAUCCUCGACGUGACUGUCGCCUAUGCGAAGGACGGCAAACUGUUCCAGCUUCCACCUUCGUUCGCUGAGACGGUCAUGUUGCCAGACUUAGACAAUCGGUGGCGAUUCUUUGUGCAUGUCGACCGUCACGCAAUCAGCGAGCUACCUCAUACCAGUGAGGGUCUAGCACAGUGGCUCGAAGACCGAUGGGUGAAGAAAGGAGAGCGACUGGAAAAGAUGCGGCAGCUACUAGCAGAUGGCGAGGAAUGGACCGCUGACAUUUUUGAUGCGCCACAUGUCCAAAAGAGCCAAGACAAUGUACUCAAUGAUGCGCAAGAUGUGACCGCAGGCCAUAGAUCAUAG